CUAAUCACCUCGAUCUCGAUUCAUGCUUCUCUCCUAUAACACAUUCCUCUCCUUGUAGGCCAAUGUAGGACCAUCCACCCUAAAGCCUAACUAUUCCAAACUGCGAAAAUGAGUGUCCCACCCCAAACCAACGGAGCAAACCCCUCCACCACAAACACACUACCGCCACAACCGCCCCAAUCUCCAUCCGACCUCCCACCUGCCGCUCUCGAUCUGGCGGCGAAACUAUUCGACCUGGCCCGUAACGGCUCCACAGAUACCCUCCAAGCCUAUCUCUCCGCCGGCGUACCACGCAACCUCACAAAUGCUUCCGGCGACACACUACUCAUGUUAGCUGCCUACCACGGGCAUGCCUCUACCACAAAAGCGCUUCUGGAAGCCGGUUCCGACCCCAAUGUUUUGAACGGGCGAGGACAGAGUCCCAUUGCCGGAGCUGUGUUUAAAGGCUGGGAUGAUGUAGUGAGGGUGUUGUAUGAGGGGGGUGCGGAUAUAAGUUUAGGUCAGCCAAAUGCAGUAGAUUGUGCAGGGAUGUUUAAGAGGGAGGCGAUGUUGAAGUUGUUUGGGGUUGAGCUUGGGAGAGGGGGCGGAGGUGAAAGUUAAUGUUGCAUGAAGAUCUGGGGUAAUGUGUGGCGUUUGAUUUUUGAUCUAAAUUAUGCCGAAUUGUAUGAUAGGCUGACGAGCUGGAGAGUUAAAUGGGACCAUGGAAUACGGACAUAUGCAUGGAGAAUUCGGGGAAAGACUUUAUGCGAUUGGAGCGACCUUGCAGUUCAUGGUAACUAAGCCAUUCACUGUAUUCAUAGCCUCACAACGGCUCGGAACUUAUUUGCAUGGUAUAAUGAGAAUUUCUCUC